AAUAUAAUCUCCAUGUGUAAUUGGGCUUGGAACUCCAGAAUAUGCAAUACAUAAACUAAUAUAUUUAGAUGGAGCGAAAUUCAACGCCUGCUUGCCUUAAAGAUAUCGAAAAAAAAGCAAAGAAGAGUCUCCCGGAGACGACCGUUGAUUACUAUGGUGUUGGGGCCGAUGAAGAGGUGACUCUAGCAGACAAUAUCAAGGCCUUUCAAAGGAUAAGGUUAAGACCCAGAAUGCUUCGAGGGAUAACAGAAGUGGACAUGUCUACCACUGUCCUUGGCGAUAAAAUCAGUAUGCCUAUUUGUGUUGCCCCAACUGGGUUUCAUAGAUUGGCCCAUCCAGAUGGUGAAAAGUCUACAGCAAGAGCUUGUACAAGAUCAGAUACCUGCAUGGUUCUUAGUAUGGGCGUAGGUUUUCCAUUGGAAGAUAUUGCGGCUGCUUCCCAAAGUGGCCCUCGCUGGUUAAAUCUUUACAUACUUCACAACAAGCAAUGGAUGAAAACACUGAUUCUCAAAGCCGAGAAAUUAGGUUUUCAUGCUCUGGUCGUCACUGUGGAUGCCACUGUCAUGGGAAAUAGGCGUUCAGUUAUAAGGAAUAGAGGUUUUAAACCUCAAUUUGGCUUACCAAUGCCACUUAUUACAGGACAGAAGGAUGUGGUGUCAUCGUUUGCCCACCACAAUGAAUUCGACAAAACCAUAACAUGGGAUAUCAUAUCGUGGGUGAAAUCCAUCACCAAGCUACCAGUUAUUAUUAAAGGUAUCCUUACAGCAGAAGAUGCUAAACUUGCUGUUCAACAUGGUGCAGAUGCCAUCAUAGUGUCAAACCAUGGUGGUAGACAGUUGGAUGGAGUACUAGCAACUAUUGAUGCUCUACCAGAAGUAGUGUCAGCUGUCAAGGGUCAAGUUGAGGUAUACUUGGAUGGUGGAGUGAGGCUUGGUACCGAUGUACUGAAGGCAUUAGCACUAGGUGCACGUGCUGUGUUUAUUGGUAGACCUGUGUUAUGGGGUUUGGCUUACCAGGGUGAAGAAGGUGUUCACAAAGUUCUUGAGAUUCUACGCACUGAACUGAAGACAGCAAUGAUUCUAUCAGGAUGUUCUUCUGUAGCUGAUAUUUCAGCUUCUCUUGUCACCAAACUAUGUCAGUGUCAUUUGUAGAAGGAAUCGUUGCAAGAUUACAUGGUUUUCUCAUGCUAUAGGCUUCAUAAUCGUAUUUACCAGA